AUGAACCAGGAUCAAGAGGUGCCUGCAACGGCGACUGACCUGGCCAGACUGCCGAACGAAGAGUUCAACAGGCUGAACGAGCCGCUGCAAACAGUGUCCACAGGAUACUGUUCCACCAACUACUCCGUCAGCCAAGCCAGCAGCGAGGAGAAGCUCCACCCUGGGAGCAGCUGCGAGACCGAGGACAGCGAGCAGUACGUGCCAGAGUUCCACCGGAUGUCAAAUGCGAACGUAAAACAAGAGACUGUGAACUGCAGAAGAAUCUCCGACACCAAUUACUCACAGUACCAAGUCCCAGUGAGUCAUCCACACUCGCAAAGCGGCACAUUUCUAGAUCUAGAUCCUGAAAAUCGCAACACGUGCUUUCCAAACAGCAAACUGAAUUCAAGAACGAGCGAAAGCACGAAAAAUAUCGCCGUGAAGGAGGAACCAGCGGACAGAGGCUACGGGGAGCCAAUUUCCGUGACGAACAUCCCCACGUCGACAGCUCAGGACACUCGAAACAGCAGCAAUUUAGUCUAUCAGCAGCAGCAGCAGUACGGAAACGGAACAAGAAACACCAGAGGCUCGCCAUCGCCCAACAGACCAGCCAGCACCUCUUCCGCCGCCUCUCAAUGGCAAUCCACAGUGUCAGCUUCGAGCGAAGCUUUCUUCCCGCGACAGGAGAACUGGAGCUCGGAUGUGUAUGGAAAAAGAAGCGUAACGCCCACGUGGACCGAGUUAGGCGUGCAAUUAGACGGCAGGAACUCGUCGUGGGAGAGACAGAGCAACUGUUACCAGAAGAAAGGCUCCCCGAGCUCGUGGAACGUGGACUACGCCGGCAAGAGGCCGCCUUCGACGACAGGAGUGUCUCCUUGGAGCGAGAUGUCCGUUGGAUACCAACAGCAACGCCGAGGAUCCCUUCAGCUAUGGCAAUUCUUGGUCACCUUGCUGGACGAUCCUGCAAACGCGCCUUGCAUCGCUUGGACUGGUCGCGGAAUGGAGUUCAAGCUGAUCGAACCGGAAGAGGUGGCUCGUAGAUGGGGAGUUCAGAAGAAUCGACCGGCGAUGAACUACGAUAAAUUAAGCAGAUCGUUGAGGUACUACUACGAGAAAGGAAUAAUGCAGAAGGUAGCUGGGGAGAGAUACGUUUACAAGUUUGUCUGCGACCCGGAAGCGCUGUUCAACAUGGCGUAUGGAUCUGGAGGAUCGUCUAGCCUUCCCAGUGAAGUUCAAAAUGGAGUCAGAAGUCAAUCUAUAUCCGGGAAGAUUUCCUCUUCCAACGAUGCCUCUGAUUUAGGGAAACAUCCUAGCACUGGAUACGGCGAUGCUGUUCUUGCCAUGUACUCUAAUACUGCAGCAGUGUACGGACCAUCAAGCCUGCACCAUCUACACCAGUAUCUAGGUGGUAACGAGGGCUUCAAGACUCCACCGAACAGAUACCAUCCCCAUUAUUCUCACGAAUACAACAGCAGUCCCCAUCAUCCUCCAUCCAGCUACGCAGAGACCUUCCUGAACUACGGUCGCUUGUCGUCCCACGACGCGUCCACCGAAUCCAGAAGCCAGGAACUAGCGAGGAUCCCGUACACGCAGGAAACAGAGGGUAUCAGCAGAGAGAGAGAGGCGUCAUCGAUUUUGUACGACGGCGUGCAGAGAACGCAAUUACCGGCCGCUCCUACUCUCUCUCAGCCCACCUUGCUAGACGCUACCACCACCAGCUCGAAGAUCGAGCAAACUUCGUACGCCUGCCUCGGCGUAGGCAGCUGCGUCUCCAUGGGGCGAAGCAAAUCCUCCGAGCCAGAAGAGUCUGCGAUGGGCUUCAAGGACAAGCAGAAGGCCUUGGACACUCUGAAGGUCCUCGAUGGCCGAGAUAUCAGUUAUCAGUUCCACGUGAUCACGAGUUUCGUGAGUCGUACGAAAAGAACACUGCAGAUUACCAGGGACGGAGAAAAGUUAGCCAAUCUUCGCGAGGCUCUGAAAGUCUUCGAGGAUUGGCUGGUGGAUUACAGAGAGAAUAAUCGUAGCAAAGAGAACCUUGCCUACUUGCCAAUCGAGACCAUAAAAGGCUUCAGGACUCUUGCCAAAAAGUACGACGUCCUGGAGGAAGAGUUCUACAACGUCUACAAGAAAGAGAAAGGGGAUUACAAGAGUCUCAGGUCCGUGAAGAUCCCCAGCGGAGAAACUACUUGGGACAUCGAGAGGAAUCGAAGGUUGAAGCAGAUCAUCGAUAAGAUCAAACAGGAGCACGUACAAUGGUACGAGACCGAUAUGGGUGACUUCCGGGGACUCCCUACCAGGGAGCACGUCCAGUGUAUCAUGCUGGGUUACAGUCCGGAUCCGUCGAAACUGAAAAAACUCGUGGUCCAAGUCGAGGAAACGUUCGGACUUGAAAAUCAAGAGGAGAUGGAGGUGACCGAAGAGUCGAAGGACAAGGGCGUGAAGAGAAGGCACAGCAAUUCUUCGAGUAGCGAUACCGAAAGUGACGAACCGGAGAAGAAGGUCGUGAAACGAUCAGCUGAUGCAGAAAAGACGGAGAAAGAGGAGAGCGGACUCAGUUUCAAAGAUAAGGAGAAAGCUUUGCAGAGUAUUAAAUCGCUAGACGGAAGGGACGUGAGUUAUCAGUAUCACGCGAUCGCCGGCCUGGUGAAAAGGGCCGAGCGGGUGAUAUCGUGCACAAAGGACGAGGAAAAGAUCAAGAACAUGAAAGAGGCCGUCGAAGUGUUGGAGAAUUGGAUCACGGAUUACAACGUGAAUGGCAGGUCGAAGGAGAACUUUAAUUAUUUGACCAUUGACUUGGUUAAAGCUUUCAAACCGUUAGCUGAAAGAUACAAUAUCGAGGAUAAUGGUUUUCUCAAAGCAUACGAAGAAGUGGAUGGAGAUUACAAGAAGCUGAGAAGCGUUCAAGUUCCAGACUCGAGUGUCACGUGGGACAUAGAGAGGAACAAGAACCUACGUAGUCUAGUGGAAAGCAUCAAAGAAAAGAAUAUUCAGUGGUUCGAGACAGACGACGAACUUCGUGGUUUGCCCACCGUGGAACAUACUCGGUGUAUAAUGUGGGCUUUUAGUCACGAUGCUGGCAAACUCAAGAAACUUCUGCCUACGUUGGCUCCAUAUGUACAAAGGAGUUUAGUUACAUUUUUUCUUGUUCAAAGAUAUCUCUAA